AUGGCCUACGAAUUGAAGAGCAAGACGCCUAUUUCUAGUCAAGACGGGGUGGCUCCAGCCUCUGACUACGAUCGUGACGCUGCGAAUCUGCAGCGGAUGGGCAAAAAGCCUGUCUUGAAGGAACUUGGGAAGGAGUUCUUGGUAAUCCUCUCUCUAUCUCUCUCUCGCAAUCCUUCCCUGACAAACAACAGUGGUGGCUCUGGCGGUGCCAUUUAUUCGUUUAUUUUCGCCUGGGUUGGUACCAUUUUGAUGUUCAUCGUCUUCGCGGAAUUGGCCUCAAUGGCGCCGACCUCCGGAGGCCAAUACCACUGGGCAGCCAUGCUUGCCCCAGUCAAACAUCAGAAGCUUCUGAGUUUUGUAACGGGAUGGCUUGCUGUAAUCGGCUGGCAGGCUGCUUUGGCCGCGUCUUCCUUCAUGACAGGACAGAUGAUCCAAUCGUUAGCCAUCCUUGGAAACCAACUCUACAAUGCUCUACCAUGGCAAGGCACAUUUAUUAUCUGGGCUACUUUGAGUCUGUCAUUGACUGUCAACUUGAUUGGCGGCAAACUUCUCCCCCGCAUUGAGGUGGUCGUUUUGGUUCUUCAUAUCCUUGGUUUCUUCGCCAUCAUGAUUACCCUCGUGUACAUGGCCGAACCAAACACCGCAAAAGAGGUGUUUACGACCUUUAAAAAUGGGGGAGGCUUUUCUACCCAGGCAUUAUCAUGGUUCGUAGGCAUGACAGGCAGUGCUUUUGGGUUUGCUGGUGGAGAUGGUGUUGUGCAUAUGGCGGAAGAGAUUGCAAAGCCCGAAAGAGUAAUUCCUAGGGCACUAAUGCUCAGUGUUGCAAUCAAUGGCUGCCUCGGCUUUGGUAUGAUAGUUGCUAUGUUGUUCAGCGCUGGGCCUGACCUUGGUGGGAAGCUGGGCGAGAUCACUGGCUAUAACUUUAUGGGCAUCUUCAUGGAAGCAACAAACUCCCUCUCCGGCACAAUAGCCAUGUGUUCGAUCGUGAUAAUUUUCUACGGCUGUGCCGUCAUGGGUCUUUUGGCCGCAGCAUCUCGACAGCUUUGGUCUUUCUCGCGAGACAGGGGGGUACCGGGAUGGAGAUGGUGGAAACAGGUUUCUACUACAAGACAUUUACCUGUCAAUGCCAUCCUCCUUUCAGUGACUAUUUCGACGCUUCUGGGCCUGAUUAACCUCGGUUCAACCCUUGCCAUGUACGACGUCGUGUCGUUGGCUGUGUCCGGCAUCUACCUUUCGUAUCUCGUCGUCACCAUCUUACUCCUUAUUCGUCGAGUCCAAGGCUACAUCUACCAAUCCAGUGAUUCCGAGGACGAACUCGUCAAUGUACCAGGAGCAAAGUUAGUAUGGGGACCGUUUCAUUGCCCCGGCGUACUCGGCAUUGUGGUCAACGCGCUCGCUGUGGCAUAUAUUACCAUUGUGGUAUUUUUCAGCUUCUGGCCAAGUCUUAUGAACCCAACGGUGGAAGAGAUGAAUUGGGCCAUUCUCGGAGUCGGUGCCACCAUGUUCUUGACCAUGAUAUACUUCGUUUUCCGUGCCCGCCAUGUCUACACUGGCCCUGUUGUGGAACUGUAA